AUGACUUCAGAAGCAACAGAGAAAGACCAGCAGGCCAACCCUCUUCAUGAGAUAAGUCUGACAGCUUUUUUGGUGGGUGCUUUUGGAGGGGUAUCACUUGGCUUCGUCCUUUUCACCAGAUUCAGCCCAUUGGCAGUGUACUUCGUGGCUCUAAGCGUAUUCCACUUUUUGGAGUACUAUAUCACCGCGAAACACAAUUCCUCGAAGGUCACGAAGGACUCGUUUCUGCUCAAUAACGGCACCGAAUACAUCGCCGCACACAUCCUAGCUGUUGCAGAGUACUUGUUGGAAUCGUACUUUACAUCGAAUUGGAAGAACAAUCGGAUCUUGAUCAUUAUUACCGGAACUUCUAUCACUUGUUUGGGUCAAUUUCUAAGGUCUAGGGCCAUGUUUGAAGCGGGCGAGUCUUUCUCCCACGUUAUUGCACAAACCAAACGCGAGGAUCAUCUUCUCGUGACGAAAGGUGUUUACAGUCUCUCGAGGCAUCCGUCAUAUGCCGGGUUUUUCUGGUGGGCUUUGGGAACCCAAAUGCUGCUGCAAAAUCCCGUUUGUCUGGUUGGCUUCGGGGUCGUACUGUGGAAGUUUUUCAGCAGAAGAAUAAGGUGUAAGUGUUUUUUUGAACCAGUGACCUCUUUGCGUUAUACUAACAUAUAUUCAGACGAGGAAACCAAACUGGUAUCCUUCUUUGGAGACGAUUAUCGCCGGUAUCGAAAAUCUACAAAAACUCUCAUUCCGUUCAUCUAG